AUGCACUGGGCGGCAUCGGCACAGGCGCUCGUCCGGGGGGGGAUCCACGCCCAGCUGUCGGGCCUGCCGGAAGACAAGCAGAGUGGGAUUCCAUGCGAGCUCGAGCCGCUGGCGGUCCUGCUCGACGAGUGCACGGACCUGCUGGCGUUCCGCGACGCAGAGCACAAGGCGGUGUUUGAUCACCUCGCGCAUCAGCGCGACGCUGCGCUCGCGCAGGCGGCCGUGCCAAAGGACACGGCGCUCCAGAACGAACGAUUUAAUUACGCGCUGGCGGUCGAGGCGCUGCAUGCAGUCCAAGGCGACCCAGACGCGACGUGCGUCGAGGCACCCAAUGCGCAUGCGGUGGACGCCGAGGCGCUCCGUGCGGAGCACACGGCGACGGUCGAGAGGCUGCGUGCAGAGCACCACGAAACGCUCGAACAGCUGCGCGCCGAGCACGCGGCGGCCGUAGCGAGCCUCGCCGAGGAGCACGCGACGGCCCUCGUGGCGGCCAAGGCGUCGCACACGUCGGAGCGCAAGGCGCUCGAGGCAGAGUACAUCGCGCUCAGCGAGGAAAUGCAGACGGACCACGUCUUUGCGCUCGAGGAUAUGCGCAAGGCGCACGAGGCGGAGCAGAGUGAGGCGCAGAGCACCUUUUUCACUACUAUGGAUACCCUACACAAGAAACACGCCACGGAGCUCGCCGAGGUGCGUGCCGAGCGCGACAGCGCGCGUGCGCAGCUCGCCGAGACGUCGCGCGCACUCGACACCCAGCGUGCGUCGGUCGCCGACCUCGAAGCGCAGCUGGAGUCGAUCCACGCGGCCUUGCAGGCCAACGACAAGGUGCUCGCCACGGUGCGGCGCCGCGUCGAGGGGCUCGAUGAGGUGCACGCACAGCUCGCGAGCAGCCGCGUAGCGAUCGCAUCCCUCACGGCUGCGCACCAGCAGACGCAGGACAGCCUUGCGCUCGAGAAAGAGCGCGCCACGUCUGCUGCGGACGCAGCCGCCGACGCCGAGCGGCGCUUUGCCGAGCGCGAGGCCGCGUUCCACGCCAAGACGCAGCGGCUGCACGAGGCCGAGCGGCGCCUCGGCGAGCUGCAGCGCGACGUCGAACGUACGCGCGAAGUGCAGGCGAAUGUCGAUACGCUGCAGCAGCGUGCCGAGCACGCAGAGAGCGAGGCGGUGGCGCUGCGCGAGCAGCUGCGCGUCACGGAGCCGAUGCGUGCGCAGACCGCGCAGCUCCAGAGCGAGGUGCAGGAGCUGCAGACGCUCGUGUCGAUGCACAAGAGCAGCGCCGAGCAUGCGGCACAGGAGCAUGUGCACGCCGAGGAAAAGAUCAAGGAAAUCACCGCCAAAGCGUUUGUCACCGAGCACACCCUGCGCGAGCGCGACGCAGAGGUCGAGACGCUCAAAGAGGCGCGCCGGCGGCAUACCGAGCAGAUCCGUAUGCUGCGUGCCGCCGAAAAGGAGAUGCGCGCGGUGCGUGCGCCGGACCACGCCGCCGAGCUCCACGAGCGCAUCGCGCAGCUGGAGCUCGAGCUGAGCGCCAAGGCGGAGGAGAUCGAAGAGGCGGAUACGCGCAUUCUCCACGCGCUCAAAGACAACAAGCGCCUCGCGACGCAAAACAAGGCACUGCAGGCGCGCCUCGACGGCCCGAAAGAGCGCGCGCUUCCGUUCCAGGACCGCACCAACACGCGCGCCGCCCCUGCGCCCGAGCCGGGCAAGUCGCCUGUGAAAAAGGUGGAGCGCGCCGAGCGCGCGGCGAUCAGGCCGGGUGUUUUGUAG